CUGUGGGUCCACUUGUUUGUGUAUCGUUGCGGUGUAUCGACCACCUCCAUCAAAGAAAAAUGGCUUGUCUGCAGACAUUUUCUUCAAUGAGUUCCCAAUUAUCAUUGAGAAUCUGGCCGCCCUGCCUGGUCGAUUGCUAGUGGUUGGUGAUUUCAAUUUCCAUCUUGAUAAUGUUUCAACAAACCGUGAUGCCAUCCUGUUUCUUGAUCUUUUGGAUUCUAAUAACUUGAUACAGCAUGUUGAAACCCCAACUCACAACCGUGGUCACCUUCUUGAUCUCGUGAUUACUCGCAACUCAGAUACUGUUAUAUCCGAUAUAAGCUCAUCAUUGCAGCUUCCCUCAGAUCAUGCUGUAAUUACUGGUCGAAUCUCUGUUCCCCGCCCUAAAUCCACAAGAAUGUUUGUGAACCACCGAAAACUUCGGAAUAUUGACUUGUGUGCUUUUGCCCAAUCUAUUUGCGCAUCGUCUAUCAUCACUGAACCUUGCUCCGACCUGGACUCGUUAGUCCAUCAAUACAAUACUGACCUAACGAAUGUUCUGGAUAUGCAUGCUCCUGCACGCCCAAGAUUCGUCACCCUCCGACCGCAUGCUCCAUGGUUUGAUGAUUCUCUUCGAGAGGCUAAGGCAAAGAAAAGGAGUUAUGAAAGGAAAUAUAGAUCUUCUGGUCUUGAAAUUGAUAAACAGAUUUUUAGAGACUAUUGUAACAGCUAUUAUCGUUGUCUGAACGAUGCAAAAACAUCAUACCAUCGAAAUCGUUUUAGUAAUGUUGACCAGCGGUCUCUUUUUCGUGAAGUAGAAAAGAUGACCAGUGGAAAAAGGACAAACAUUUUCCCCUCUUCUCUGGUUGACCCAGCCGAUCAAUUCUUAACUUACUUUAAUGAUAAGAUUUGCAAUCUUCACAGUAAAUUAUGCGAACUUCCUGUCUUAGAACCAAAUAUUUAUCUCCCUCCAUGCACAUGCAGCUCAAGUUUUUCAUCUUUCUUGCCUGUAACAGAGACCUACAUUAAGCAGAUUGUUUUGAAAUCCCCUACAAAGUUUUGUGAAUUAGAUCCAAUCCAAACUGUGGUUCUGAAACAAUGUCUUCAUGUGGUCUUAACACCUAUUACGAAUAUUGUUAAUUUAUCUUUGGGCGGUGGUUCCAUGCCAGAUGCUUUGAAAGUUUCCCAACUUGCACCUGUCCUAAAGAAAAUAUCGAUGGAUCCUGAAGAUAUGAGUAGUUUUCGUCCAAUCUCAAAUUUACAGUUUAUCUCGAAGAUGAUCGAACGAGUCGCAUCUCCCCAACUUAUCGAUUAUCUAAUGGAAAAUAAAAUAUAUCCAAAUCUCCAAUCUGCGUUCAGAAAGGGAUAUAGCACUGAAACAGCUCUUUUACGUGUUCAAAACGAUCUCUUAGAGGCACUUGAUUCUGGCCAUCAAGCUCUUCUAGUAAUGCUCGAUUUUUCUGCUGCUUUCGAUACAAUUGACCAUCAAAUUCUACUUGGCCAUCUGAAAUCUCGCUUUGGAAUUUGUGGUACAGCUCUAUCCUGGUUUCGGUCAUAUCUCACAUCUUGA